GUAACUUUCUCUGUCGUCAUGUGGGUAGAACCAAACUAGGCCUUCCGCUAGACUGCUAAGAAAGCCACAGAAAGCGGCAGAAAAUCCGAUCCUCUUCCAUCACAUGGAUGAAGAAUAACUUCACUGUCUACAGUGAAUUUCCAGAACUUGAACUGAAGCAUCAAAGAACAACCGUCUCGCAGUCUUCCUCAUAAGCCUUCCACUCUUCGACGUCACGCCCUCGCUAUGAGCGGACUGGUGGGGAAGCUGGACCCUCGCAGGAUACAGUGGGGCUCGGCAUGGAACACCUUCACGUCGCGGGUGCUGAGGACCAAACCCGUGGAGUCCAUGCUGGAUUCGGCCGUGUCUGGCACCAGCUCACACGGCACCAGACUGGCCCGGGUGUUGUCCACGGUGGAUCUGGUGUCGCUCGGUGUGGGCAGCUGCGUCGGGACGGGGAUGUAUGUGGUCUCGGGGCUUGUUGCCAAGGAGAUGGCUGGCCCUGGGGUCAUUGUGUCCUUCAUUAUCGCAGCUGUGGCAUCCAUACUUUCAGGAGUGUGUUAUGCAGAGUUUGGAGUGCGUGUGCCUAAGACCACAGGUUCUGCCUACACAUACAGCUACGUAACCGUGGGAGAGUGUGUGGCUUUUUUUAUCGGCUGGAACUUAAUCCUGGAGUAUCUGAUCGGCACGGCGGCGGGGGCGUCGGCUCUCAGCAGCAUGGCGGACUCUCUGGCCAAUCACAGCAUCAGCAACUUCAUGAUUUCACAUAUUGGCACACUCAACGGCUUGGGUAAAGGGGAGCAGUCAUACCCAGAUCUGCUGGCCCUUCUGAUAGCCUUGCUGGUGACAGUGAUCGUGGCUUUGGGAGUGAAGAACUCUGUUGGCUUCAACAAUGCACUGAACAUCAUCAACCUCAUCGUGUGGGUUCUCAUGAUGAUUGCUGGGCUGUUCUUUGUCAACGGAGAGAACUGGGAUGAAGGGAGAUUCCUACCCUUUGGCUGGUCAGGGGUGAUGCAGGGUGCAGCCACCUGCUUCUAUGCCUUCAUCGGGUUUGACAUCAUCGCUACAACAGGAGAAGAGGCCAAAAGCCCCAACACCUCCAUCCCCUACGCCAUUACUGCCUCACUCAUCACCUGCCUCACUGCCUAUGUCUCUGUCUCUGUGAUACUGACGCUUAUGGUUCCAUAUAAUGAAAUCGACGCAGACGCUCCACUGAUGGAGAUGUUUUCCAUGCAUGGCUGCAUGUUUGCAAAAUACAUAGUUGCUGUGGGGUCCAUAGCUGGACUCACUGUGUCCCUCCUGGGGUCCCUGUUCCCCAUGCCAAGGGUCAUCUAUGCUAUGGCAGGGGAUGGUCUUCUGUUUAAGUUCCUGGCCAAUGUUUCUUCAUACACAGAGACCCCUGCUGUGGCCUGUGUGGUGUCUGGGUUUCUGGCUGCCCUUCUGUCCCUUCUGGUCAGCCUCAGAGACCUGAUAGAGAUGAUGUCCAUUGGCACCUUGCUGGCCUACACUCUAGUAAGCCUUUGCGUGCUCCUCUUGCGUUACCAACCCGAGGGCGACAUCCACGGCUUUGUAAACUUUCUCUCUGAGGAGCAGAACAAGAAGAAAAAGGAAGGCAUUCUGGCUGAGUGCGAGAAAGACGCUUGCUCGCCGACCAGUGAGGCCGACGAGUACGGAGGGCAGACCACGAACACCUGCGGGGCCAAAAACCUGCCAUCGCUAGGCGACAACGAGAUGCUGAUUGGGAAACCGGAUAAAAAUGCGUACAGCGCCAGCCAUCCCAACUACGGCACAGUGGAUAUGACAACCGGCAUUGAAGCAGAGGAGUCAGAAGGAGGGAUGUCUCGACGGCUCAAGAAGCUGAUCGGACCUCGCUACUACACGUUGAGAAUCCGUCUAGGCCUCCCUGGAAAAAUGGACAGGCCAACUCCGGUCACGGGGAAAACCGUCACCGUGUGUGUGCUACUGCUGUUCAUCUUGUUCUUCGCUUUCUGCUCCUUCAUCAUUUUUGGAGCGAACUUUAUCACAGAGGGUCAUUGGUGGGCCUUGCUGCUACUAAUCUUCCUCAUCAUCUUCAUUGCCCUGCUGAUUAUCAUUAUCCUCCAGCAGCCAGAAAACCCUAAGCGGCUGCCUUACAUGGCACCCUGCGUGCCCUUCGUACCUGCUUCAGCCAUGCUGGUCAACAUCUACCUCAUGCUUAAGCUAUCUGCCAUCACCUGGAUUCGAUUUUCAAUCUGGUGCCUCGUUGGUGUGCUUAUCUACUUCGGCUACGGCAUGUGGAACAGCACUCUGGAGAUCACGGCCAGAGAAAACGAGGUGCAUGCCUCCACCUACCAGCGCUACGAUCAAGGCGUGGACGAAGGCUUCUGCGGCUUCGACGACGAUUUCUACCCGCCCUCCACUGAUGCCUGGGGCGCGCCCGGGGCGGGAUUAGAGGCGACUCCACCUCCGAAGGCAAAACCUGAAAGUGAUGGGCUUUCAUCAAAGGGUGGAGGCAGAACCAUUGCUAACAAUGGCCUUGCGGAGGAGGAUCCCAUGGACUUCUGAAGGGACUGACUUCUGUGUUACAUUGAAUGUACUGCCUUGUCUGCUGCCUGGGGGAGGGGGAAGGGGCCGUGUGUGAGUGCACGACUGAUUACGGGCGUGCGAGUGUGUCUGCAUGCUUGCACGAGUGUGUAUUUGUUUUAUGUGUCAAACCCCCCGGGCUAGAUGGGUUUUGGUUAGUAGAACAGUUUGUCUUUUACCUUAGUCGACUUUGCUUGGGAUGCUGCCCCCACACAAAUGUGGACAUAAAUGUCUUCACGCUUUCACAGAUCCAGACUCUUUAAUCAACUUCCCAAACAAAGGAGGGCAUGUGAGAAAAGUGCAAACAAAGUGAGAGAUUUGUGUUUUGCUGACGAAGUGCAGAAAUGACAUGCUGUACUGAGCAACUUUUUAACUGUUUAGUCAAGAACUUUGGCACAGAAGAGAAAAGAAGGGUGAUGAGAGGGUCGUAAGAUGAGUCAGCAACUGUCUUCCUGUUCCAGCACAGGCAGACAGACAGGAAACUAUAAUGGCAGUAUGAUCAACACAAAGGCCUUCCGAUGGCAAAGUCUGACUUUGUCUGUUUUCAGCUUUUGUAGAAAAACCUGAAUAAUUUGUCUAAAACACAUUCUUAAUCCUAAAUUGAACAUCUAGCCUGAGGGGUUUCCACCGGGGAUUUGGGGUAAAGGGUGUCAAUGUUUUCUGUGACGACUAGUACUUGGACUUUGCUUGUAAUAGUGCCUUCAUCAACUAUGUGUGUUUUUCUGGUCGUGUCAGUUCUCUACUUUGAUUUUUUUUUAUUUUGUUUGGCCUGUGUAUGUGUGCGUUCUGUUGUACUGUGCCUUGCAAAAGUAUUCACAAACCCUGAACUGUCCAUAUUUUGAUAUGUUCCAAUUAUAGGCGUCAUCCUAUUUCAUUUGGACUUUAAGUGACAGAGAAUUUGUUGUCUAACCAAGCCAUUGCAGCUCUGGCUGGAAUUGUUGGAAGAUCUGGAAUUGCUGGGGAGUCUUUCCCCUCUGUUUUAUGUUUGUGGAAUCCUUCAACAGGUUAACUUUCAGGUUUCCUUUUUUUUUUAACUCCACCCGCUGUCCUUCAACUCUUUCUAGAUUAUGUGCUCCACUAAAGAAAAUCAUGUUUGCUGCCACCAACAUUAUUCACCAUGGGCGGGUGGAGGGGGUGAGAGGUGCUCAGACAUUUUGACCUCAUCUGACCAAGCCUUUUCAUGUGGAAGAUGCCUUUCACAUGAAGAUGGCAAACUGCAAAUGGGACUUCCUACUGCUUACUACUUCUUGCCACUUUUCCCUAAAGUCCAGAUUUGUGGACUUCUCAGCUAAUAGUUGCCAUUUGAGCAGAUUCUUAUUUCUGAGGUGUGGGUUUCUGCGGCUCCUUCAUUGUUGCCAUGGGCCUCUUGGCUGCUUCUCUGAUAAUACUCCCCUGCUAGGUUAGGUUUGUGGCCACGUCUUCAUAUGUUUGUAUUUGUGUCAUUCUUCCCAUUUUUGAACAAUGGAUUAAACAGCCCUUUGUGUAAUCUUCAAAUGCUUAAGUCAUUCCUACAACUUCAUUUCUGCCCUGCCUGGCAUUUUUCUUGCUGUUCAUUAUGCUGUUAGUUUUCUAAUGUUUCCUAAUGACGCACUACUUUGUAUUUGUCUAUCACGCAAACUCUCAAUAUAAUACAGAAGGUUGAAGUUUACAAAAUGUAAAAGAAAAGUGAACAUACUUUUACAAGGCAUUGUACAGUAAGUGCACCCCAACUUGAGUUUUAUGUGAAUUUCUCUGUCCGUGUUUGCACUAAGUGGACUCUUCAGAAUUUUUAUUUUCAAAGUACAUUUUGUUAUUCCCUCGCAUGGAAGUCAAAUCAAUCCACCUGCUACCAAAAACAAAAUGUGUAACGUGAAUUGCCAAUCAAGUUUUAGAGAUUAAACCCGGUAGAUACUCAGAAAGAGAGAAUAGGUUGAAUCCUACUUGGCAACCUGCAGUGUUUUCUGUGAGCUUUUGUAUUCGAGCAUAUGAGGUUCUUUCUCUAUGUCAGACCUGUAAGUAAUUCAUUCUCUCUUUAGUUUUUGGAAAGUUUUUCUUUUUGGUUAACUUUUCUAUUGGUGAGGAGAAAAGAGAAACUGAAAUCGAAUCCUUCCUAUUUAUAUAAUCUCUUCUCAUUUCCAUCUGACGUUUUCUUCUCCAGCCCAGCUCUUUCAUCUUUCAUUUACCAUCUUGCUCCCCUCUUGAUAUCAAUCGGGCCACGUCAGCAGAAAGUAACCUCUCUGAGUCGCUAGUAAUAGGCCACCAAAAAUUGGCUUGCACUCUGGAAAUGUAACAGCAAUCUGCUUAUGGUCUGUCGAUUCCCUCGCUACAUUUUUGAUUUAAUAGUCUCUGCUAUCUGUCAUCUGAUUCUUAACCAGCACUUAUUUUGCUGCUGGCGGUUCAUCUCUAGUGUUGUCCCAGGACUAGACUAUACUUUUGCUCUUGUGCUUUUUCAAUUUUUAUGUAUGUUGCAUAUACAGACAAUUGUCUCAACGUCCCAAAGAGAUUUAAUUAUUGCAUUCAAAAGGUGGGCUUGUUGUUGCAGUUAAAAAUAAAAAGCAAGCACUUGUUGGAGAAAGAGCUUUACAUGAAAAAAAAAAGGCAUUGAGAAACAUAUGCAGAGAUAUUUCUUUAUACAGUAAGUGGGAUUUUUACAAACCACCAAAUAGCACACUGUUAUGCUAUGAGGCUGGGAGGAGGGGAUGCUCCUUCAAUUGCUUGUGGUGCUGCUGUCUGCCCCAAUUGUUGCUCCUCUACCUUUUCCUCGCUGCCCCUGUUGCUGCAUUGGUCCCUUUCAGGGAAGCCUUAUUUGUCUAAUGCACUAAAUCUAAGGAUGCCACGCUAAAUCCCUCCCGCCUGCCCUCCCCACUCCCCCUACCGUAAUCAUCGAAAGCUUGAAAAACAAAAAGAAUUUCUUUGCGGUACUGGAAAUGUUAAAGUAACAUUCUUAUGCAAAUGAAGACAGCUCUGUGUUUCAUGAACUUACUGUCAUAUUUAGGGCUACGACUUGUCAAAGGUAAGGAUUUGAACAUCACAAUGAUCUGGUUUAUCGUAAGGACUGAAUGUUCUCAACAAUUUUCCUUUUUAAAGGAAAUUAAAAUUAAGCAAUUUAAGCAAAAUUAAGCUGAAGAUAACUGUAAAAUACCUUCAGUUAUCUAGUUUUAAGCCAGUUUGCGGCAGAAACGACCAUAUUCAGAGAUCGGGAAGAGUUAGCAACUAUUCCUGUUCUGCAAGUUUUGGCAUUUGCACACAUUGAAACAUGCAGUUUCUUGUCUUUUAUAUCGCUAAGCUAGAGGCGGGUGAUAUAACAAUGUCAAAUUGCGAAGAAUUAGAAUUUAGCAUUGUAAUACCAAAUUCAAUAUUAGUUUUAGACCCAACCUACACUUCUAGAUGCUUUUGCUCUAUAUUGUUGGAAAAAAAGUGAACAUCUACAGUUUAUUAGACUAUUGGGGGGGAAAAAACCAAUAGGAGUUAAUAGGUGUGCUCCACCAACAGGCGGUGGUAGCAGUGACAUUAAAGACUUCGAAGUUUGAAGGAAGAAACGUCUGAGCGGCUACAGUAGUCAAGAGCCAAAGAAUCUCUCAAAAAUAAUUGCCCGUUGCCCAUGCUUUGUUUGAUACCUUUUAUCUUUUUUACUGUCUUCAGCUCCUUCAGGUUACAGCUCAAGGUUGAUGGAAAGAGAACCUGGAUGAAACGGCACAUGUAAAAAAUAAAUAAAUAAAUAAAACAAAUACUAAAACACAGCUUUACCCAGAAAACUGUUCAAAGGGCGCAAUGUAUGUUAUAAAAUCUGCCUCAUUUUCUGUUUUGAUCUUCUGUGCUGCCGGGAUAAUAUGCAUUUUGCCAGGAGCCGUUUGAGAACAGUUUACUUUUAGUAUCAAAACAGCCAACAGAGACACUAGUUCUUUUCAACCUUUACAAUUAAAGGUUUAAAGAGUUGCAUAAAGCCCGUCAAACUUGUAAUAUCAUAAUUUCUGCAGCCAAAACAUCCUAGGUGCAUUGUGAGUUUGGACUCCAGACCAUAGUUUCUCCGUGACAAGUAUUCUUUAUAGAGAUGCUACCAUGGCCACUUAUUUUAGUUUCUAUUUAAAAAGAAAUAUAUUGAUUUUGAUAACGUUAGAUUACAUAAAAUUGGUAAUGUGAUGAAUUGUGAUUAAUCUGAACACGAUUCAGUUUGUGUUCAGACCGAACCCACUAAUCAUGAUAUAUUUGUGUACCAUUACAUCACGACUGAGUAGAAAUAGUGCUUUUUAUUUGAGUUGUGUUGUUUUGUCUUUGGAAUUAAGUUUUAAGGUAAACUGAAAAAUAUCUUUGUAGUAAUGUUCUCUUGCCUAAAUGUUUUUUUUUUUCUUUAACUGCAUUUGCGUAGAAAAUUUUUCCUCCUGAUUUUACUAUUAAAAAAAUAGUAUGAUAUUUUGAUUAUAUCGUCCACCCCUAUGCUCAGUUGCAAUAUCUUACAUGACCAUAUCAGUUUCCUCCCGUCUCUGUUCAAAACUUUCAAAAGCUUUAUAGUCACAGCCAAAACAAACAUGCAGAUUCAAUUGAUUCCAUGUCUCAGAUUCUGGACUGUACAGUCAUCUUUUUUCUUCAUUUAUUUAUUUUUUGUUCUGUACUUUUGAAUCAAAGACUGUGUGAACACAUGUGCAGUGCAGACGUAUGUGACUGUGUUCUGACGUCCGCUCGUGGUCCACGCCUGCGCCUAAAUGUGACCGUCUGGUGAAUGUCCAGCAUGUUUUUUGUGCACAAGGUUCAGUUUCUAAAUAUUGUACUUGCAUGUGGUUAUGGAUCUCAACAGGACAUGAUAGACAUUUGGCAAAACCAAAUUCAGGCUUAGUUCUUCUCUGCCUUGGAGCCCUGGUUUGUUUAAUUCAGAGAUUAUGAAACAGGUAGUUUUUUUUUAUUUUAUUUUGCUACCAAAAGCACUGCCUAGGAUGUUUCUCUUGUUCAUUCUAAUAAUCUCUCUCUUUUUAAAUAUAUAUAUUUAUAUUUAUUCCAACCUAAAAUUUAAAAACCCACUUGUUCACUCCACUAUGUGUGGAAACCAUGGCUCCAUUUGACAGAAUGUAGCAAACAGUCUGAUUUCCUGACUGACUUCCUCCACACCCUUUUUCAUACAUCUAUAAAAUGCCUAAUUCCUGUAUACACACUAAAACCUGCUGGGUUUAAAACCAGACCAAUUAGGGUUAAUUUGCCAAGUCAAAUAUGGUACAAACAUGGACCAACUCACCACAAUCUGGUUGUGGGUUUUAGAGGUUUAUUGUUGUAGAGGCUGUGUAAAAGUGGAUGGACGUAGCUGAAAUUCUCACUUUUCUGCACAUGAUAAAAAAUUUUUGGCUCUAAAAGUCACCUCGAACUGAUGCUGCAGAUGUGGUGACUGGAAGGAAAGUCAAACUAUGGAUUCACAGUCUGUCAUUCAUUUGGCUCAGACACAUAGAAAAAACAAGUCACAUCUUAGUAGCUUUUAUUUUGUCCUGUUGAAGCUGUUCUGAUCAGUUCUUUGUGUAGUUCAGAACUUCUCUCACCCCCCCCCCCAAAAAAACUGGACCACCAGUUUAUUUGCCCACCUAACAGCAUUAUUCUAGCAUUCUGAUUAAAGAAACAACCCAGCAGUUUUUCUUUUGUUUUUGUGAAUUUCUCAUCUCAAACACAACCAAACCAAAGUACUUUUUUUCACUUUUAAUUUACAGAAAUAUAGUUUCCUUAUCUGCAGUAGUGCCGACUUUCUUAGUAUGAUCAGCUUAUAAGCUAUUUUACAACACCCAAAAUUUAUGUUAUUAGAGAAUCACAAGACAAAAUGCAAUGUUUUUCUGUAAGUCACCAGCUACAAGCAAAAGCUAAGAUCCAGACACAAAUACAGUGCUAAAGUAGACUGACCAACAAAAAAAAGAGAGUAUUUUUCUACAGCUGUUUCCCAUCUACACGUCCUCCUCGGGUGGGUGUGCCGAGCCGAACUAGGUGGGGAACUAGUCUGCACUUCAUGAACGUUUCUUUAAUCACAAGGAGGCCUGAUAUAAACUGCUAAAAUCUAUUUUUUGAAUAAAUAUAGUCUCUAGAAAUGUAGAGCUAAUUUGUGAACUUUCUUUAAUGAUCUUUGAAUUGGUUGCUGUAGAUGUUGAUAGGGCUUCAAAUGGUUUAGGCAUACUAGAGAGAAAACAAUGCUGAAAUUAUUUUAUUAUCAGUCUAUAUGAGCUAAACCACAAAAAAUUAAUAAUAUAAUCUAGUCUUUUGCCACUGUUGCUUUUCAAGUCAGCUACUCUGUGUUGAUUUUGUGCUGGAGAAGGAAUGCCAUGCUCUGCACAUGUUCGGUGUUUGCAGCCAAGUGUCCAGUCAGUGUGUGUAAGACUUGUUGAGAUUAGCUUCCCUCGCAUUAGCUAAAUAUUCUGUUGCUUUUCUGUAAAUUUGCCACAAAGCUGUAUACUAUUGUUGUGUUUGUUUCUUUCAAAUUUGUGAUUACUUUUUAUCCUAGGUGCACAAUUCUCUUUUCUUUUCUUUUUUUUCUGAACUGUUAAUAUUGCUUCCAUGUAUUAAUGAAAA